GUCCAGGACACUUUUAUGACCUACGAAAUUUAUGACGACAUCCUGACCCUGAGGCUGGUCUCGGAGGCUUGUGCGAUGCUGGAUGUGUCCUCAGAGGUGGUGCUGAAGCUCUUCGGGGAGCACUUCUUCAGCUUCUGCAAGAUGUCUGGCUACGACGCUAUGCUGCGAACACUGGGUGGUAACCUGGUGGAGUUCAUUGAAAACCUGGACUCUCUUCACAGCUACCUAGCGCUGUCCUAUCAAGAGAUGAAUGCACCUUCCUUUCGGGUGGAGAAAAUGAAUGACAGCAGAAUGCUGCUCCAUUACUACUCGGAUCGCAAAGGCUUGCAUCACAUAGUGCCAGGCAUUAUAGAGGCGGUAGCAAAGGACUUCUUUGACAGCGAGGUGGACAUGACCGUGCUUAACCAAUCCGAGGAGAACGAGCGCACGGGGAAGAAGGAACAUGUGGUCUUCCUCGUGGUCCAGAGGCCUAACAAGGCACAGAGGAGAGCUCAGCCGAGUGAUGGACAAGCACACGUCCAAAAAGAGAUGCACAAGAAGGAGGUGGAAGAGGCCAUGAACAGACUGAAGGACAGACACAGCAGCCUUCCUGCAUGUCCAAGGAAGAGGGCACCUUGGGACAUUGUCAGGAGCAUUGUUCGAUUUGGCCAAGGAAAUUUCGUCACUGAGUUCGUCCCGCAGUACCCAGACAGGCUUUGGAUGGAGGAGAAGGCCUUUUGUAAUGCCUUUCCUUUCCACAUCGUCUUCAAUAAAAACCUGCAAGUGAAGCAGACAGGCGUCAACAUCCAGAAGUUUGUACCUGGCCUCCAGAACAUGGAUAUCCGCCUGGACGAGUACUUCAGCAUCGUCCACCCCCAGGUCACCUUCGACAUCGACAGCAUCAAGAAGUUCAUCAACAGCCAGUUUGUGCUGAAGACACGGCGGGAGAUGGUGCCAGAAUGUGUCCAGCAGCAGGCCAUGCUGAAACUCAGAGGGCAGAUGGUGUGGAUGGAGUCUCUGGAGUGCAUGGUUUACCUGUGCUCGCCUAAGCUGCGCAGCCUUCAGGAGCUGGAGGCGCGCGGCCUCCACCUGUCUGACAUCGCGCCGCACGACACCACGCGCGACCUCAUCCUGCUCAACCAGCAGCGGCUGGCCGAGAUCGAGCUCUCCAACCAGCUGGAGCGCAAGAAGGAAGAGCUGCGCGUCCUCUCGCGCCACCUGGAGGUGGAGAAGAAGAAGACCGAGGUGCUGCUCUACGCCAUGCUGCCUCGCCACGUCGCCAACCAGCUGAAGGAGGGCAAGAAAGUAGAAGCAGGAGAGUUUGAGGCGUGCACCAUCCUCUUCAGUGAUGUGGUGACCUUCACCAACAUCUGCGCUGCCUGCGAGCCCAUUCAGAUAGUCCACAUGCUGAACUCCAUGUACUCCAAGUUUGAUCGCCUCACGAGCGUCCAUGAUGUAUACAAGGUUGAGACCAUUGGUGAUGCUUACAUGGUGGUUGGCGGUGUGCCGAUUGCAACAGAGACACACGCCGAGAGGGUGGCCAACUUUGCUCUGGGAAUGCGGAUCGCUGCCAGGGAGGUGACCAACCCUAUCACAGGAAACCCUAUACAGAUACGGGUGGGCCUCCACACGGGGCCUGUGCUGGCCGGAGUGGUAGGGGACAAGAUGCCACGCUACUGCCUGUUUGGAGACACAGUCAACACGGCCUCUCGCAUGGAGAGUCAUGGAGUUCCCGACCACAUUCACAUGAGUCCGUUUACUUACAGGGCCCUGGAGGGCAAAGGCUUCGACAUCGGAGAGCGUGGGGAGAUCGAGGUGAAGGGAAAAGGUCUGAUGUGCACCUACUUCCUCCUGGGGAACCUGCAUGCCACAGAGGAGCAGAUCAUGGGAGGGGAGCCGGAGGAGCUGUACAGGGACACCCCAGAGGGCAGGGUACAGAGCCGCAGAGCUGCUGACUGA